AUGUUUCCCAUCGAAUUGCCUUCUUUUUCAAGGUACCAGCCAAUUCUCAUUCUCUCUUGUCUCAUCCAUUCUUUCCAGGCAGAAAGGAGGAAACGAAGGCAACUCAGUUUGAACUCCAACACCAACCGUCCGCUUUCCUUUUUCUUGUCAUCAGCUGCGAAUAUGACACGGGUCUCCGUCUACAGCGCCGCCCUCGUGGCUUUUGUCGCCGCCACGGCGAUGAUAAUUGCGUCCAUCACACUACCCCAUUGGGUUACCUACUCCGUUACUGCGACCGAUGGAAACGAGUUCUCAAAACACAUCGGCCUGCACAAGGCUUGCUCCAACCUAUACGAUCCACAGUGUCAAGAGUUUCCAACCGAAGAGCUUUGUAGUAAGGAUGGCGAGAGAUAUUUCUGUUCCAUGUGGCGAUCCGUCGGCUUCCUGGCUUCCUUUUCUACGAUUAUGCAUCUCGCUUCUCUCGUCACCUUCCUCAUCAUUAUGAGCGGAGGCAAGUACAAGCGCGAGACGGGCUGGAAGGUUCUCAGCGGGCUUCUGCUUGUUGUUGCGGUUGUUGAGUUCACACUCAUGGGCAUUGUGGCGUAUCUCUACGAUCACGACGAGCAGUUCCGCGUCCCAGGAUGGGGUCUCGAUACCUCUUGGAUCCUGUGCACCGUAAGCGCAUCGCUCUCGGUCCUUUGCGCCUUCGGGCUCGCCAUUUCUUCGUUUAUCCUACCGCCAGAGGAGGGCUAUGAGUUCCUCAACGAUCCGUUGCCUUGA